AUGGGAGACGUCGCCGUGGAAAACCCGGCCAACAGCGUCACGCCUCUCUCCAAGCCAGUUGCUCUGGACGCCCUUAGCAAGCUGGAUUCUUUGGAGGGAGCAGGUGCCGAUGCAAAUGAUGAAUACGCCACUCUGAAGCGGUUACAGAGACACCUAGAAUACAUUCAACUGCAGGAGGAAUACAUCAAAGAUGAACAGAGGAGCUUGAAGAGGGAGCUUGUUCGAGCACAGGAGGAGAUCAAGCGUAUACAGAGUGUGCCGUUGGUCAUUGGACAGUUCAUGGAAGCUAUCGAUCAGAAUACCGGUAUCGUCCAGAGCUCAACCGGAUCCAAUUACGUUGUUCGCAUCCUGUCCACACUCGACCGCGAGAAGCUGAAGCCUUCAUCCUCGGUCGCCCUCCACCGACACUCCAACGCCUUGGUCGACAUUCUGCCCCCAGAGGCCGACUCAUCGAUUGCUAUGCUGGGUGAAAAUGAGAAGCCAGAUGUGACCUACGCCGAUGUUGGUGGUUUGGAUAUGCAGAAGCAGGAGAUUCGGGAAGCCGUUGAGUUGCCGUUGACACAUUUCGACCUUUACAAGCAGAUUGGUAUUGACCCUCCCCGUGGUGUCUUGCUUUAUGGCCCUCCCGGUACCGGUAAGACCAUGCUCGUCAAGGCUGUGGCAAACAGCACAACCGCCAGCUUCAUUCGUGUCAACGGUUCAGAAUUCGUCCAAAAAUACCUGGGAGAAGGUCCUCGUAUGGUCCGUGAUGUGUUCCGCAUGGCUCGCGAGAAUUCACCAGCCAUUAUCUUCAUUGACGAGAUUGAUGCCAUCGCCACCAAGCGUUUCGAUGCCCAGACUGGUGCUGAUCGUGAGGUUCAACGUAUUCUGCUGGAAUUGCUGAACCAGAUGGAUGGUUUCGAGCAAACCAGCAACGUCAAGGUCAUCAUGGCCACCAACCGAGCUGAUACUUUGGACCCUGCCUUGUUGCGUCCCGGUCGUCUUGACCGAAAGAUCGAAUUCCCUUCGCUGCGUGACCGACGUGAGCGCCGUCUGAUUUUCAGCACUAUUGCAUCCAAGAUGUCCCUCUCCCCAGAAGUGGAUUUGGAUUCCUUGAUUGUGCGGAAUGAGCCUCUGUCCGGUGCCGUUAUUGCUGCGAUUAUGCAAGAGGCCGGUCUUCGAGCAGUGCGCAAGAACCGAUACAACAUCAUCCAGUCUGACCUGGAGGAUGCUUAUUCCUCCCAGGUGAAGAGUGGUCACGAGGAUGACAGACUCGACUUCUACCGGUAA